CUGAACAGUCAUUCCAAUUCAGUAAAAUCUAUAGCCUUUUCGCCAGACAGCUGUAUACUGGCGUCAGGCUCAGAUGAUAAUACUGUUAAGCUUUGGGAUACAACUAUAGGCUUUGAGCAGUAUACACUAGACAGCCAUUCUCUCUGGGUCAGAACUGUGGCCUUCUCACCGGACGGCCGCACGCUGGCAUCGGGCUCUUCUGAUAAUACUUUCAAAAUCUGGGAUGUGAUUACUGGUGCUGAGCAGCGCACGAAGGCCGGCCGCGCUUAA